AUGAUCUCGAGUGGAGUUUUCCACAAAACGUUCAAGUUAUUUUUUUCCAUGUCCCGUAAACUUCCUCAACCUCGGCCAACGCAAACAAAUGCUACUAGUGGUUUGAAAGACUUGUCCAAUAAGUUUUCUAAGGUUCAAAUCAAUAAAAAACCAGCUAAUCGGCAAUCUUCUUCGAAAGCAGCUGCUCUUGAUAAUCUCAUCGAAUCAAUUAAAAACGGGAAAUACAAACGCAUUGUUGUUCUAGCCGGAGCAGGAAUUUCAACACCCAGUGGUAUUCCUGAUUUUCGAACACCAGGAACAGGCUUAUAUGACAAUCUUCGACGUUAUAAUAUUCCGUAUCCAGAAGCGAUCUUCGAACUGGACUAUUUCUACCGUAAUCCGAAGCCAUUCUUUCAUUUAGCGAAAGAACUUUAUCCUGGUCGAUAUCUUCCGAAUGUAAUUCAUUAUUUCAUUCGAUAUUUACACGAUCAGAAUAUUCUUCAUCGUGUCUACACACAAAAUAUUGAUGGACUCGAACGAAUGGCUGGAAUUCCAGCUGACAAGAUUGUCGAAGCACAUGGAACAUUUAUGACCGCAACUUGUCAACGCUGUGGCCAAAAAUAUGCAUCCGAAGACAUUCGUCAGCGAAUCUUCGAUGAUGAAAUACCAAGAUGUACGAAAAGUUCUCGGUGCACUGGUGUGAUCAAACCAGAUAUUGUUUUCUUCGGCGAAGAUCUUCCACGUCGAUUCGAUAUGUACUCACGUGAUCUACCCAACUGUGAUUGCUGUAUUGUAAUGGGUACUUCGUUAGCUGUUGCACCUUUUUCGGACAUUGUCGAGUCAGUCUCACGUUCAACGGUGCGCCUGUUAAUUAAUCGACAAGUUGUCGGAACGUUCCUAUCCCCGCGAACACACGAUAUAACCAUGAUUGGCGAUUUAGAAAUGAAUAUUAAAGAAUUGCUCAAAAAUUUAGAUGUCAUUGAUCAAGUCAUGGAAUUAAUGAAAAAAGAGAAUGCUGAUAACGAAAAUAAACGACCGAUCCCAGUGAAAAUUUCAACAACGAAUGAACAACUCAAAGCAGCGGAGAAAUUUCUCGAACAAAAAUCUAAUUUAGCACCAUUAUCUCAUUCCCGACAAGAAACUCGUACGACGACCGAAUCGAGAACUGUGUAUAGUGAAUCCACGAAAACGAUCGUUGAAAAGCACAACAAUGCCUUGAUCUUCAAUCGAAAGGGAACGAAACCAGUUUUACCGGUUAUUUCAUCGAAAAAGGUCUCAUCGCCAUCGUCUUCAUCUGAAUCGUUGGACAGUUCGUUGUCAGAAAGUGAUUUAAAGCCGUUUGGUUUUAAACGAAAAUGA